AGUUGACCUUCCUGUCCGCUGCACAUCCCUCUCUCAAGCCCGGUACGAGCACGGCACCAGCAGCAGCAGCAGCAGCAGCAGCAGCACCACCACCACCACCAGAAAUAGCAGCUCUAGCACCAGCAGCAGAAGGAGCAGCAGCAGCAGCAGCAGCAGCAGCAGCAGCAGCAGCAGCAGCAGCAGCAGCAGCAGCAGCAGCAGCAGCAGCAGCAGCAGCAGCAGCAGCAGCAGCAGCAGCAGCAGCAGCAGCAGCAGCAGCAGCAGCAGCAGCAGAAGCAGCACCAUCAGCAAAAGCAGCAGCAGCAGCAGCAGCAGCAGCAGCACGACCACCACCACCAGCAACAGCAGCAGCACCACUAUGACCAGCGAAACCGCCACUAGCAGCAGC